AAGCAGGGCGUGCUUGUGCGUCUAGCGCUACUAAUUUUGCGCAUGCUCCCUCACGCCAAAUGAAAAGUCACAGAAAACAUGGCGGCUGCGAUGGAUGUCGACACUCCAAGCGGAACUAACAGUGGAGCUAGCAAGAAACGUUUUGAAGUUAAAAAGUGGAAUGCUGUUGCAUUGUGGGCCUGGGACAUUGUUGUGGACAACUGUGCCAUCUGUAGGAAUCACAUCAUGGACUUAUGUAUCGAGUGUCAGGCGAACCAGGCCUCAGCGACGUCAGAAGAGUGCACAGUAGCUUGGGGUGUUUGCAAUCACGCUUUCCAUUUCCACUGCAUUUCCCGCUGGUUGAAGACCCGGCAGGUGUGUCCUCUUGACAACAGAGAAUGGGAAUUCCAAAAGUAUGGACACUAGAAGAGCAUGUGUGCAGCUGAUGUAGGUUUCAAGGGUAGACCUAGCAACUUGUCCUGGACUUCCAUCACCUUGCGUCUUGGAUAUAGCACUCGUUUUUUUUAAUGGGUAUGCAUCGUAAUAGUCCACAUUUGUUGAGUUCAGAUUGAAUUCAUUUUUUUUCUUUUUUUCUUUUUACAUGGCUCCAGUUAAACUUGCAAUGACGAUGUAAAAUAAAAUACAGUUCCUGUC